AUGUCGUUCCCGGCGUUCCCGGCCUGUGCUCCUGUUAUUCCUCGCUCCUCCGUGUUGUCAGGAUGCAGAGGGCUGGGCGUCUUCAGUUUCAGCGCGGGGGGCCCAGUCCUAUUCUACUUCUGCCACAUCAUCCCAUCCCCUCCCUCUGCACUGGAACCAUCAAACAUCAAAGCUUCGCUAAACAGAUCUGAUGAGCGCCUCCUUUUUUCGGUGACGUUUGGAGCAGAGUUGUUCCCACGAGAUAACCGCGGCAGCUCUGUGUCCCGCUGGGCAGAAGUGUGCGGUCAGAGCGGUAUCCUGGUGUGGGUCACUGGAGGUUAA